GUGGGGGUGGGUAGCAGGCAUGGAUCUACUGAGGACUAUCGCUUACCAGCCGGGGAGCAGCAACGGAGGGAGCAGCAACAGCAAGAUGAGCGAGCAGGCGCUGGGCAAAGCCUGCAGCGGGGAGGCGCGGAGGAAGAAGGCAGCCGGUGCUGCUGCUGAGACUUCGGAGCAGCAUCCCCAUCAUCCACUCGCUGCCUCUGCCGCCGCCGCCGCCACUGCUACCGAGAUCUCCCGGAUUAUUACCGACCCCACCACUGGAAGGCGCUACUGCCGGGGGAAAGUCCUGGGCAAGGGUGGCUUUGCAAAAUGUUAUGAGAUGACUGAUCUGACAACAAACAAAGUCUAUGCUGCAAAGAUCAUUCCUCACAGCCGAGUCGCUAAACCUCAUCAAAGGGAAAAGAUUGAUAAAGAGAUUGAGUUGCACAGGAUGCUCAAUCACCGGCACAUUGUGCAGUUCUACCACUACUUUGAGGACAAAGAGAACAUUUACAUUCUCCUUGAGUACUGCAGCCGAAGGUCUAUGGCUCACAUUUUGAAAGCACGGAAGGUCUUGACAGCACCAGAAGUACGAUACUACCUCAGGCAGAUUGUAUCAGGACUAAAAUACCUUCACGAGCAAGAGAUCUUGCACCGGGAUCUGAAGCUAGGUAACUUCUUCAUUAAUGAUGCUAUGGAGUUGAAAGUGGGUGACUUUGGGUUGGCAGCGAGGCUUGAACCAUUGGAGCACAGGAGACGAACAAUCUGUGGCACACCAAAUUAUCUUUCCCCAGAAGUACUUAACAAACAAGGCCAUGGCUGUGAAUCUGAUAUAUGGGCCUUAGGCUGUGUCAUGUAUACAAUGCUGCUGGGAAGGCCUCCGUUUGAAACAACUAAUCUAAAGGAAACAUACAGGUGUAUAAGGGAAGCAAAAUACUCCUUGCCAUCAUCUCUCUUGCCUCCUGCAAAACACUUGAUUGCAACCAUGUUGUCAAAAAACCCUGAAGAUCGCCCCAGCUUAGAUGACAUUGUUCGGCAUGACUUCUUUUUGCUGGGCUUCACACCAGACAGGCUUCCAGCUAGCUGCUGUCAUACAGUCCCUGACUUCAACUUGUCAAGCCCUGCAAAGAAUUUCUUCAAAAAGGCUGCUGCAGCUCUCUUUGGGGGCAAGAAGGAAAAAGCAAGAUAUUUCGACACACACAAUCGACUUGCUAAAGAAGAUGAAGAAAUAUAUAAGCUUAGACAUGACUUGAAAAAGACCUCAAUCACCCAGCCGCCUCUGAAACACAGACUGGAGGAGGAAAUCCAGCCUCCCAACACCACUGUAGCCAAACCUAGCAUAUUAACAGAAGCUAAACAAAUAGAUGCUAUCCGGAUGAUAGUUCGAGGAACUCUGGGAAGUUGCAGUAGCAGCAGUGAAUGCCUUGAAGAUAGUACAAUGGGAAGUGUAGCAGACACUGUUGCAAGAGUGCUACGUGGAUGUUUGGAGAAUAUGCCAGAAUCGGACCACAUUCCCAAGGAACAGCUGACAGCCUCUUUCCAGUGGGUCACAAAAUGGGUGGACUAUUCAAAUAAAUAUGGCUUUGGCUAUCAGCUCUCGGACCACACUGUGGGUGUUCUCUUCAACAAUGGUGCUCACAUGAGUCUUCUUCCAGACAAAAAAACAGUGCAUUAUUAUGCAGAGCUUGGUCAAUGCUCAGUUUUCUCUGCUACAGAUGCCCCUGAGCAAUUCAUUAGUCAAGUGACUGUCCUGAAAUACUUUUCUCACUACAUGGAAGAGAACCUCAUGGAUGGAGGGGACCUCCCCAGUGUAACAGAUGUCCGGAGACCCAGGCUUUACCUCCUGCAGUGGUUAAAAUCUGACAAGGCAUUAAUGAUGCUCUUUAAUGAUGGCACAUUUCAGGUGAACUUCUACCAUGAUCACACAAAAAUCAUCAUUUGCAACCAAAACGAGGAGUAUCUGCUUACAUACAUCAAUGAAGACAGGUUAUCGACAACAUUUCGCUUAACAACAAUUCUGAUGUCUGGGUGUUCACUGGAGUUAAAGCAUCGAAUGGAAUAUGCAUUGAAUAUGCUGUUGCAAAGGUGUAAUUAAAAGAACUUACCUAAAACCAAAAGGACGUCUCUCGCUGAAGUCUACAGCGGCGGCAGUUGGGGGAGGGAAAGUCGAGUAUGAUCAUGAAUGAGAAGUAGGGACUGGUACGAACACUUAUCUCAUCUUGUGUGCUGGGCUGGGACCAGACAUGGAGCCUUUGAUCUUCUUUUUUGGAUUAAUGGUGUGACGAGGAAUUCUUUGGAAUGCAGAUUUUUGUUUUUGGUUGGCACCUUCUGAAGAGAUGAGUUGGACUUGAAGCUCCGCAACAAACUGUUCUGAUGGAGGACUUAAACUGUGAAUAACACUCAGAAUUGGGAGGGAGGGAGAUCUGGUUGUGGAAUAACUGUAAGUGAGCAGCUUAUAGCUGCUUAACUGUGAACUAUGGCCAUACGUUUCCUCUUAUUUCUUCCAAGGACUGAUCACACUUUUGGCUGGCAAAGUGCAUUCCUUGUUGAUAAUUUUUUUAUUUAUUACAGCCUAAAGUGAAGUAUUUAUUAUACACUUUUUUUUUUGUAACUGUGAUUUUUAAAUAAACUUUUGUUGGCAAUAAAGAUUGGGGAAAACCUGAA